GGGCGGCGGCCGGAGGAAGAUGGUGGCAGGAGGAGAGGCUGCCUGCCGGGCUGUCCGCCCCGCGCUGCGCUGCCAGCCCCGCCGGAGCCGCCCUGCGUGGUGAGGAGGCGGCGCGGAUCCGCACCAGGUGCGGAGAGGCCGGGCCGUGGCCUGGGCGCGGGACUCGGGGCCCCGCUCGGCGGUGCCCAGCGGCGCGGCUACGGGAGGGGCCGCCCCUCCCUCGCGGGGGCUCCGCGAGCGAGGAGCGGCGGGGGGCGGGCGGGCGCGGGCUGGCAACUGGCUCGGCGCUGCGGCGGCCGCCGCGUGCAUCCCGCUCUGGCCGAGCUGCGGAGCCGCCCCUCCUCCCCCGCGUCCCGUGCCCGGCGGCAGGGAGCGGCGGGCAGGCUGCGGUGCCCGGGGCUGCGGCUCGCGGGGAGGCGGCGGGCCCGGACAUGGCGGGGUUGCGGUGGCCCCGCGCGCUGCGGCUCUUUCUGGAAGGAUCAGCGUUAGUAGGGACGGUCCGGGCAGGGCUGCGCUGCCGCCCUUGUAUGUAAACCUGCCUCGUAGGAGAAGCGGGAGCUCGGGCCUCGGCUGGGAAAUCUGCAGCGUUUUUGCUGUCCCUGCUGCGGGGCUGUAGGAUUGCAGUUGGUUUCAGACCCGGCUGCUCCCGUCGCUGCCGAGCAGUCAGAGGGAUGUCCGCCUGCUGUGCGUGCACGGAGCUGCCGUGGGUGUAGGGCAGGCCGGGAUACCGCGUUUCUGCUCCCUGGUGCGCCCAUCGCGGGGUGCCCGCUGACGGGAGCUCGCCCGGUGCCGCAGCGAUUUUGCGUCUGCUUCGCAAAAUCCCCCCCAGCAGCUUGCCCUGGAAAAUAUCCCUGUCACAGUACCUCACGUUCUGCUGCAUUGCUGUCAAAUCCCAGCCGGCUGCACCUGUCUCUGCAGCCCCGUGGCCGAAACAGGCAGCGGCACCCUGUUUUCCCAGACGCUGGCUCUUGACAAAGAACCUGCUUGUUCUCCAGCUGUGAUUGACAAAAUGUCAAUAGAGUAAGUGACCUACCCACCAGAACUUGCCAUGAAUCAUUUGGUUGGACCGCCUGAUGGGGAGGUAAGUGAAGAGCCAGCAAAUGGAGCAGUGAAUGAGUCAGUGGAGGCUGACCUGGAGCACUCAGAGGUGGAAGAGGAGCAGCGGUAUGCAAGUCACUAUCCAAGGCAUACAAACAGCAGCCAAGGAGGCCUGUCUGGGCAGGAGGAGGAAGGGAUGUUAGCUCGGUCAGCCAGCACUGAGAGUGGCUUCCACAAUCAUACAGAUACUGCAGAAGGGGAUGUGAUAGCCACAGUGGAGGAUAGUUACGACACAGAGAGAGUUCAGGAAAAUGAAGAUGAGAGUGCAUAUGCAGUGCAGUAUAGGCCUGAAUCUGAGGAAUACACAGAGAAUGCUGAGGCCGAGCAUGGCGAGGCCAUUCAUAACCGAACACUGCCCAAUCACUUACACUUCCAUUCCAUCGAACAUGAGGAAGCCAUGAACGCAGCCUACUCGGGUUAUGUCUACACACAUCGACUGUUCCACCGAGGGGAGGAUGAGCAGUAUGCUGAGCCUUACGCUGACUAUGGACUGCAGGAGCAUGUGUAUGAGGAGAUAGGGGAUACACCAGAUCUUGAUGCUAGGGAGGGGAUCCAGCUGUAUGAGCGGGAAAGGGAGGAAGCUGACAAUUACCGCAAGGAGGCCCUUGGUGCCCGCCUACACCAUUACGAUGAGCGGUCUGAUGGAGAGUCUGACAGCCCAGAAAAGGAGGCAGAGUUUGCACCCUACCCAAGAAUGGAUAGUUAUGAACAAGAGGAGGACAUUGAUCAGAUUGUGGCAGAGGUGAAGCAGAGCAUGAGUUCCCAGAGCCUGGACAAGGCAGCCGAAGACAUGCCAGAAGCCGAGCAGAGUUUGGAGCACGCUCAUGCUCUUGCUGGUGGGGGGCACGAAAGCAACAACAGCCAGCUCCCACCUGGUUCUCGAGUUACAUCCAGCUCGGGAGAAACUGUGCAGAGGUACAGCAAGGAAAAGAGAGAUGCGAUUUCACUGGCCAUUAAAGAUAUUAAAGAGGCUAUUGAGGAAGUGAAGACAAGAACCAUCCGUUCUCCUUAUACUCCUGAUGAACCGAAGGAGCCUAUCUGGGUGAUGCGGCAGGACAUCAGCCCAACCAGGGAUUCUGACGACCAGAGGCCACUAGAUGGAGAUUCUCCAUCUCCAGAUUCUUCUUCACCUCGGGGUGCUGAGUCGUCAAGUAGGCAACAUCACCAGGAUGUCUGCAGUACAGCAGAGCCCUCCACUAAAAAAGAGUCCAGAAAAAGCUUGGCUUCAUUUCCAACCUAUGUUGAAGUCCCUGGACCUUGCGAUCCUGAAGACUUAAUUGAUGGGAUCAUUUUUGCUGCCAAUUACCUUGGUUCAACUCAGCUCCUGUCUGAUAAAACUCCCUCCAAGAAUGUGAGGAUGAUGCAGGCUCAGGAAGCUGUCAGCAGGAUCAAGAUGGCCCAGAAAUUAGCCAAAAGCAGGAAGAAGGCUCCGGAAGGGGAAUCUCAGCCCAUGACUGAAGUGGACCUCUUCAUUUCUACACAAAGAAUUAAAGUACUGAAUGCAGACACACAGGAAACCAUGAUGGAUCAUCCCCUGCGGACCAUUUCUUACAUCGCAGACAUAGGGAAUAUAGUUGUUCUAAUGGCUCGUAGGAGAAUGCCACGGUCUAACUCCCAGGAUAAUGUGGAAGCAUCUCACCCUUCCCAGGAUGGAAAGAGACAGUACAAAAUGAUCUGCCAUGUCUUCGAGUCUGAGGAUGCACAGCUGAUUGCACAGUCUAUAGGUCAAGCCUUCAGUGUAGCAUACCAGGAGUUUCUGAGGGCGAAUGGGAUCAAUCCAGAAGACCUUAGCCAGAAGGAAUAUAGUGACUUGCUCAACACCCAGGACAUGUACAAUGAUGACCUCAUUCACUUCUCCAAAUCUGAAAACUGCAAAGAUGUUUACAUCGAAAAGCAAAAAGGAGAAAUCCUAGGUGUAGUGAUUGUGGAGUCUGGCUGGGGAUCCAUUUUGCCUACAGUUAUCAUAGCCAAUAUGAUGCAUGGGGGACCAGCAGAGAAGUCCGGAAAGCUGAAUAUAGGGGACCAGAUCAUGUCAAUCAACGGGACCAGUCUGGUUGGCUUACCUCUCUCAACAUGUCAGAGCAUUAUAAAGGGUUUGAAAAACCAGGCUCGGGUUAAACUGAACAUAGUCAGGUGUCCUCCAGUAACCACUGUCUUGAUCAGGAGACCGGACCUCAGAUAUCAGUUGGGAUUCAGUGUGCAAAAUGGGAUUAUUUGCAGCCUUAUGAGAGGCGGUAUAGCAGAGCGAGGAGGUGUGCGUGUUGGCCAUCGCAUCAUUGAAAUCAAUGGGCAGAGUGUGGUAGCAACACCUCAUGAGAAGAUUGUUCACAUUCUCUCAAACGCUGUUGGUGAGAUUCAUAUGAAGACUAUGCCAGCUGCCAUGUACAGACUGCUGACUGCACAAGAGCAACCAGUUUACAUCUAAAGCCGACACUCACCGUCACAAUGUGCAUGGAGGAUGUUUUUCCUCAGUAGUGCUUGUCACUCUAGUGCUGCAUUUAUGUGUCUGCAGAGACGUUUAUUUCUUUAUCUCACUCACAAACGUACUGUCUCUCCCUCCUCCCUUCCCCCCACCAUUUUCCUGUAUUUAGGGAAGGGGCAAAAUAUAUCCACAGGACUAUUUUGAUUGCAUCUCUUUUCAAGUGAAACUAAAUGCAGUUCCACGUGCAAAACAGGAAAAUAACAGCAGCAUUCUUCAUAGCAGGAUUCACAGUAAAAAUCAGAUUGACUCUGAUUUGUUCGAUUAAUAACCAGGGGUUUUUGGGAUUGUAAUUUGGCAAAUUAAAUAAGCUCAGUGUUGCGAAAUGAAAGAUGUCUUUACCAGACAAGCAGAAGUGUAGGAAGCAAAGUGUUCUCGUGGACAUCCUGCGUGUGACUUUGCUUUUCUUCCCAUUUUUCCACAGGCUCUCUGAAACUCUGUAAAGGUUUACAUCUGUAGGGAAAGUACAAUGCCAGGAUAUUUAUGUCCUUCAGAAGAAUGAGUAAAUGCUGCUGUGUUAAAAUAGGCUGUCCACAUACACACUUUUUAAUUACUCCCCCAUCAGCAGUUUGUCGUGACUGUAGGACUCCAAGAAGUUCUUCCUAAGAUGCCUAAACGUGUUACAAUUCCAUUAUUUACACCAAGUAACUGGGGAGGCUUUUUUUUUCUUUUACAGCUGCCUUCCCCUCUCUGCCCCCAGGUUUCCAACUCCUUUUUUUGUUCUGCUUUGUUUUUAAAGGUAACACGUCUUUUAUAGUCCCUUACCUGACUUAGACGUUAAAGGAAUAGGGGGGCGGGGGGGAGGAUCUUUAAAUACCUACAAGAGAAAUAGUGAGGGGCUUUCCUGAAUAGCUACACUUUUUCUAGGCUCUUAUUUCCGCAUUUGGUGCACACAGCAAUGUGUGCUGGUGUAUAUAGAUGUUUUUAAAAUUGUGCUUGCUAUUUAUGAAGUUUGAAUAUAAGAGAUCUGCAUACUAUUCUAAGUAAUUUUGUUCUCUGAGCCAAUUUUAACAUAUAUUUUUGUCCAAAGACUUGUCUAAUUUUAUUGACUUUCUCCUUAGUUCAUGACAUAGAUAAUAAUCGGAGCGGUAAAGUGGGGAUAAACAUAUUUAUUUUAAGUUAAGCUGUGACUUUUUUUCCAUUUGUAUGGCACCUUUAGGAUAUAUAUGUGUACUAUAUGCACUUGUAUGAAGAUAUAUUGUAGGAGUGUAUGAAAUAUAGGAUUUGAGUGGCCUGUAACUUGCAUGCUAGAGAUAAAAGGGGGAAAAUGGGUUGGGUUGUUUCCUUGGUUUUUGUUUUGUUUUCUUUUUUUUUUUUUUAAUAAAUAAAAGCAGUGACUUUUCUUCCUAGUGAGAGGAAAAUUCUCCAUUGUUUGUAAUUACUUUUACCAGGACUGCAUACUGGUGUUUACACUGAAAUAGUACCGUGCAUUUAGUCCAGGCUAGUAAGCUGGUUUUCUUUUAAGGAAACAGUUUCUGCUAUGUCGUGGUUGUGGUAGGAAGGCUCAGUGAGGUGAAGACAAGAACAGGUCGCACACACAGACAUGGCUGUUCUGUUUUGAAGAUGCUCUCUUGGUCACAGCCACUUGCUUCCUACUUACUGUGUGGUGGACUGUGCAAAAGAAGCAUUAUUUGCAGUCUGGCAGCGAUGCCUUGGAAUGUCUCCAGAGAUUGAUGGAAGUGGAUCCGUGCGUGUGCAUAGGCAUAGCUGGAGUGCACACUGAUGAGAGCCGUGGAGUACGAACUCCAGAGGUUCAUUUUUGGCUUCUGGAUAUCACAGACAUCCAAGGCUGGCUCAGAGGUAGAAAACAGAACUUUGUAUUUCAGUGGGCAGUAAAUACUUAAGGGAGGUAAUGGAGUGCUGCAUAAACCGGUAUCGUCAGUGAAUAUGUUUUAGUGUUGAGAUUAAUGUACAGUGACUUGAUUUUUCUGUGGUUCUCGUUGUUAUAUAGUUUAAUCCCAAUCUGUGGAAUAACAGACUGCACAAGAGAGCCACGUCAGUGUUCCAGGUUAACACUUACCUCUGCCACCAGGCUGAUGCAAGUGGGUAACGGAUGGCUUCUAUCCUGUUUACCUGUAAACAUCUGGUUUAUGGUGAUCAUUUGAAUUUUUUUCAGAACUCUCCAUAUAUGUAGUAAUAUAUGUAAAUACGAUAUAUAUCCAUGUACAAUUCAGAGGAUUAUAUACAGUGCAGCCUUUCCGUAAGUUGCCUGAGGAAACUCGGUGAACUCUCAAAGACACAGUUACCGUGCUUCUGGGUCCUGCUGUGUUUACACUCAGCUUCACUCGUUUCUGUGCUUCUGUACCACUCACGUGGUGGGGUCCUUGCCUGACUUCACUGCAAAAUGCUGAAGACCUGAAAGCAUGGAGGGAUGAAACAACUGUUUUUGAAAACCUUUCAUCCAAAACUCUACCAAGAUGUUGGCACUCGAGUGCUUUCAUGGUACACAGUACGUAGGCACUUAACAUUAAGUGAAUGCUUGUAGGAUCAGAGUCUAGCAAAAAAUACAUCCUUACAGUAGCAGUGUGUGUGUGAGGUUUCUGAACUGGCAGGUCCGUAGUUCACACGCGCUGUUGGUAACUGUCUCCUAACGAUCCUGUCUUACAUGUAGAGGGAAGGAGUUUCAAAAAGCACGCUCCGAGUGGAAAGCUGGCAGUUCUCUGGGCCGUCGCAGCAGUUUGUCGAAGGACAUGAAUUAUUAGCAGAUAGAUACGAUGGAGCAAACUGCUGCUUCGCAUCCCUCCUUCAGUGACAGACCUGAAUUCGUUCUCUUCCUCGCUGCUUUGUGCAGUCUGGUUAACUCCUUCUUCGGUGUUUACAUUAAGGGUGAAACACCCCUUCUAUUUUUUUAUUGGCGAGUUUCUCACGUUUGUUUUGAACCUGGCUCAAAUUGGGGAUUCCGAGUUUGCUUGUUUUCCUUGUUUUUUAAAUAAAAUACGUUUCCGAAGACAGCAAUGUGGUUGAGAUAUCCUGUACAUAUUUAGCGCAGUACCUAGACUAUGAAGUUAUAUUAUUGUUCUGUAAAGAGGGUGAAUAGAACUUAUUGUAAAGCGUUGGGAAAAGUAUAGUAUUGUAUUUGUAACAAUAUUGUUCUUUGUAAACAUUUAAUGAUCUCUCUAUAUAAAUAUAAAUAUAUAUAUAAAUCUA